ACCAAGUGGUGUUUGGUGAAGAUUCGCCCUGUGGAUCAAUGUUACAUAUCGAAUUUCACCAUCCAUGAAUAUCACUGAAGAUUUUCUUUGAUUAUUAAAAAUGAUUUAGAUGACAAGAAUAUUCGAUUUUCUACAUGACACUACUAAAAUUUGGUUUAUGAUCUACAAGAAAAAAAGAAUAAGAAAAAUCUCAAGAGUGUAAAACUGUCAGAGAACAAAAAAAUAUAACUCAUCUGUAACUUUAAAGUAACGGUGUAUACUGAUGGUAUAGCACAAAAUUGACGUACGUAAUUAGAAUUGUGUUCGUGAAUAGAAAUAAAGAUGAGAUUCCUUAAAGCUGGAUACAAAAUCGACGGCCAAGGUAAAAGCAUAUUUUCAGAAGUUCAUCUAUCUUUCGUACUAAUACAUGCACUCUCAACAAUUUCUGGUAACACUUCAUAUGGACUACAAGCUUUUUGUACACUUUUUUUGGCGUACGUACGUUAUGGAGAACCACAAAGCUGAAAGCAUGCGCCGCACGUGUCAAUAGCAUCUAAACACGUUGCUGGAUUCGUUACGCAUUUCGCUUUGUAUAUAAAGGUAGACUAUUUUGCUACGAAUUAGUAAUUAUUUAGCAAAAUCACCCACUUACACGUCUGCUCUCAGCAUAAGGUGGAGUAAAACUGUUCAUACGUGUGGAGGACUCGGAACCAAGCCGAGUUCAGUUGUAACUUUGAGAGUUAAAAAUAAUGCAGCGACUGUGGGAAGUGAAGGAAAAGAAGACGAAGAAGGAGAGAAUCAUCAAAGGAAGAGAUCUAGUGGAUGUUGUCUUCUCAUGGUCUGUUCUCGAUGUCCUCAACUCAAAUCUUUACAAAGGAAAGGUUGAUAAGAUCCCUAGCACAUUCCAGUCAAGCAAAGAGUAUUUUAAGUCAUUUGUUAAUCCGAUCAUCGAAGAGACACAUGCUGCUUUGUUGUCAAGCAUGGAAACUCUGAGACGAGCACCAGCUUUCAAAGUUUGGGAAAUCAAGCCAGCCAAAGAUUUUAAACCUCCCAAGAAUCUUUAUUACGAGGUUACUUUGCAGACAGUGUCUGAUAAUACGACCAACGGAGAUCGGAAACUGUUGGAGUUCAACGAUCUCAUUGCAGUGACUGAUAACAAGCCUUAUAGAAUCGAUGACUUGAGAUGUUCCAAUGAGCCUUACUUGCUGGCUCUUGUUUGUGGAGUGAACGAAGAUAACCCACAUUUGAUUACUAUUUUGGCUUCGAAACCCAUCGUUUUCGACGAAGAUCACAUGGAAACAAGAAAGAAAGGAAAGGGUGUGAAGAAAAGGCUAAGCCUCUUUGGUGUUUAUUUGACCAACAUGAUGACCAAUAUUCGUAUUUGGACCGCCUUGCAUCCAGAUCCUGAAGGUGGAAACUUAAACCUUAUAUCUAAAGUACUUCAAAGCAACAAUGAGGCUGGUGGUGAAAGUUGUGUUUCUUGCCAAGAAAACAGUGAGAAUAUUAUGCCAAACCACUUAGAGAAAAGUCUCCGUUCUUUCAAGCUGAAUACAUCUCAGGAGGAUGCGAUUUUGCGUUGUCUAGAAGCCAAAAACUGCCGCCACUCCAACAACAUCAAACUUAUAUGGGGACCACCAGGGACCGGGAAGACAAAAACAACAAGUGUUCUGCUUUUAAACCUCUUUAAAAUGAGAUGCAGGACACUGACUUGCGCUCCAACUAACAUAGCCGUUCUGGAAGUUGCUUCAAGGGUUGUGAAGUUAGUCUCCGAGUCGUUGAGGCUUGGUGGAUACGGUCUUGGAGACAUUGUCUUGUUUGGUAACAAAGAAAGGAUGAAGAUCGAUAAUGAUCGGGAGGACCUUUUCGAUGUUUUCCUUGAUUACCGAGUUGAUGAGCUUUACGAUUGCUUUCUUGCUUUAACUGGAUGGAGAGCAAAUGUUAAACGCAUGAUCUCUUUGCUCACUGAUCCAAAAGAAGUGUAUAACCAAUCCUUCAUCGAGAAGGACAAGCGUCCUUCGUUUAAACAGUUCGUAGAAAAUAGGUUUAGUAAACUCAGGACAGACUUGCGUUCUCAGUUCUCAACUUUGUGUCUGCAUCUACCAACCGCUUCGCUCUCCUUUCAAGUCGCGGAGAAAAUGAAUGCCACUAGUGAUCUCCUUAGAACUAUGAGUGUUUCAGAUGUUAUCUCCAGGAAAGAAGAUACAAGAAAGCAAGACUGUGUGGAGAUGUUAGGAUCGAUUUGCGAAAGCAUCGAACUUCCAGAUUUUAUAGGGAAGUUAGGACUUCAAAGACUCUGCUUAGAAAACGCGUAUCUGAUGUUCUGCACAGCGUCGAGCUCCGCCAAGCUACACAUGAGCUGUCCGAUACAACUCCUUGUAAUUGACGAAGCUGCUCAGUUAAAAGAAUGCGAGUCUGCGAUCCCAUUGCAGCUUCCAGGGCUUAAGCACGCUGUUUUAAUCGGCGAUGAGAAGCAGUUACCUGCGAUGAUACAAAGCAAGAUCGCUUCGGAGGCUGAUCUUGGGAGGAGCUUGUUCGAGAGAUUGGUUCUGUUGGGGCACAAGAAGCAGUUGCUGAACAUGCAGUACCGGAUGCAUCCUUCUAUUAGUAUUUUCCCGAAUAAAGAGUUUUAUGGUAUGAAGAUUUUGGAUGCUCCUUCUGUUAGAGUGAGAAGUUAUGAGAAACAGUUUCUCCCUGGGAAAAUGUAUGGGCCUUACUCUUUCAUCAACGUGCCCUAUGGAAGAGAGCAGUUUGGACAAGGGUUCAGUUCGAAAAACAUUGUUGAGGUAUCUGUUGUGGAUGAGAUUUUGUCAAAGCUUUACUCAGUAUCAAGAAAGUCGGGAAGAUCGAUAAGUGUUGGUGUGAUUUCACCUUACAAGGCUCAAGUGUUUGCAAUUCAAGAACAGAUAGGCCAAAAGUAUGAUACGAGUGAGAAAUUCACAGUGAGUGUUAGGUCUGUUGAUGGGUUUCAAGGUGGUGAAGAAGAUAUUAUAAUAGUCUCUACCGUUAGGUCUAACGGUAGAGGAGCCAUUGGUUUUUUAUCUAAUCAACAAAGAACCAAUGUUGCACUCACACGUGCGAGAUUCUGCUUAUGGAUUCUUGGAAACGAGUCGACUUUGACCAACAAUAGAUCAGUAUGGAGUCAGUUAGUAGAUGAUGCUAAGGCACGAGACUGUUUUCAUGACGCAUAUGAUGAUGAAUCAUUAGCUCGGUGUAUUAAAAGAUCAGCAACAGCCCUUGAUGAUCUUGAUAACCUUCAGAACAAUAAGCUUCUUUCCUUUGAGAAUUCGACAUGGAAGGUCAAGUCUGGCUUAAAGAAUGACAUUAUAAGCCAUAUAUCAAGAUCGUUUGCGUUGCUGAACGUUGUGGAUGAAACCGAGGCACCGAACCAAUCAAGAAACAAUCGAAGCUGAAGCAUGUGUGGAAGAUUAGAAGAAAGGUUCAACUCCAAAGAUCUUAAGACAGUUUAUCCUUAAAAGUAUUUCCCGAGUAUCAAGAAGACUUAAUUCUUUCCUUUCUUCCUUUUGUUUUAUAAACAAACUGUAGUCUGCUUCUCUGCGUGGGUGGAUGGAUUUAAAGCAAAAGUAGUUUCUGUUUUCCAA